AACCGGCCGCUGACCGACGAGCAGACGGCUGACCAGAACUUGCAGUUCAUGCUGAGUUUGUACCGCAGCGCGGCGGAACCGGGGGGAAGACCCAAAAAACACAGGAAGUUCGGAUCCAACACCGUGCGAUUGCUGAAAGCCUCCGCGUCGUCGGUGCGCUACCUUCCAGUGUCCACAGACCACCACUACGCCUUCAGCGUGCAGUACGAGCUGGAGCUCCUCCCGUCCGAGCGUCUGAUCCGAGCCUCCUUCGUGCACCUGCGCGCUUCGUCUCCAACUGCCAUGGCGCCACCCCGUUGUCACGCCCGGGUGGCGUUAUCCGGAGGGGAGACACUGUUCAGCACCAUGGAGCCCCACCAGCGCUGGAAGGAGUCCCACCUGGGCGCCCGCGUCCUACGCCCGAGCGGGGGCCGCUUGACCGUCAGGGCCCGGUACCGCUGCACCGAGUCCGGGCCGCGGGCGGACAGAAUUCGCGGGGCGCCCCACUUGGAAGCCCCAUCGCUGCUUUUGUACUUGGAGGAGGAGCGUGACGGCAAGGACUGGAUGAUGGCUCAGCUGUCGGGGGCAAAAGGGGGGGACGAGCUCACCAGGCGCUUGAGUCGCUGGCACCCCUCCGUCAGCCGGCGGCGGCGCUCUUCCGACCCAGCUUUUGUCAUAGCCAGUCUCGCCGCCUCGGUCAAACGUGACACGAGUGAACCCAAGAACCGUUGCAAGCUGCACCCCUUCCGCCUGUCCUUCGAGGAGCUGGAUUUGGGGCACUACAUCGCCCCGCCGGUCUACAACCCUCGCUUCUGUCAGGGUGACUGCCCGCGUGUGCUCACCUACGACUACCACUCCCCCAACCACGCCAUCAUCCAGACCAAAAUCAACGAGCUGGGCAUGGGCGACGUCCCGCCGCCAUCAUGCGUGCCCUACAAGUACAUGCCCAUGAGUGUGCUAGUGAAGCACAAAAAGAAGGUGGAGUACAAAGAACUGGACGACAUGGUGGCAGAGUCCUGCACUUGCCGCUAA